UGGUUCCUUCCUCGGAGGCACUUCCCUGGUUUGUGCAGGAAUGGCCCCAGGGCUCAGUGCUCCCCUUCACUUCACAGUGACUCUGGUGGUGCUGCUGUCCCUGCUGGGUUUGGCUGUGGGUGGGAAGCUCCUGGUGGUGCCGGUGGACGGGAGCCACUGGCUCAGCAUGAGGCAGGUGCUGGAAAGUCUGCGGCAGAGGGGACACGACGUGGUUGUGGUUGCCCCUGAAGUGAGUUUGCACAUCAAGCGAUCCAAGAACUAUGUGAUGAAAAUGUACCCAGUGCCUUUCACACAGGAAGAGAUGGAGAAAGAUUUCCAGGCAUUUUUUGAUCUUUCAUUUGAAGAAGGAUCUCUCCUGUCUCGAUUUCUUAAAGUGUAUGAAGGGAUGAAAAGAAUCAAUGUCUUCUGGGUCUCCAGCUGCAAAGAGCUCCUGCAAAACCAAGAGCUCAUCAAGUACCUUGAGGAGAGCCAGUUUGAUGCCCUCCUCACAGACCCUGUAGUACCUUGUGGGUUGAUCCUGGCAGAGCAUCUUUCCCUUCCCUCCGUGUAUUUCCUCCGAGGAGUCCCCUGUGGUUUGGAUUUUGAAGCUACCCAGUGCCCCAAUCCCCCUUCCUACGUUCCCAGGGGGUUUUCACAGCUCACAGACCACAUGACCUUUUUCCAGAGGGUGGGGAAUCUGCUUUUCGACUUCCCAAAUAUUUUCCUCUGUGAUUUUGCCUUUCAACCAUACGCCAAACUGGCCUCAGAGUUCCUGCAUCGGGAUGUGACUGUGCUGGAUCUCCUGCGCCAGGGCUCUGUUUGGCUGCUGAGGGUAGAAUUUGUGUUAGACUAUCCCAGGCCUUUGAUGCCCAACAUCAUUCCCAUUGGAGGAGUACACUGUGCUCACAAGAAGCUGACUCAGGUGGGUCUGGCUUUGAUUUGUGCUGUGGCUGAUUUGUGUGUCCUGAGGAUGAAGUUUUGUGUUACAGAGAGGAAUUGAGUUCCCUUUUUGGGUGCCAGUCCUCAUAGAGUGUUUUGAAUCUCUGCUCUGCCCUCUGAGCUCCCAGAUCCAACCUGUCCGUGCCCUGAGGCAGGGCUGGGACACUGGGAGUGCUGCUUAUGGUGGAUGGUGUGUCCUGCAGGAACCUGCCUCAUCCUCCCAUCUUUUCAGUCUUCUCAGCCUAGAGAGCGAUUCCAAGAGCUGUUCCACAGCCUGGGGCUCUGGGCCUCCCAGAGCUGACUUUCCUGUGGGAGAAGCAGCAGGCCUUGCCUGGGAGAAGCCUGUGCAAGG